UAAAAUCUCAAAGCGUGUGCUGUUACAGUAGAGUUUGAUAUUUAUAACAACAUUCAUAAACGUGAGAGGAGCAAGUACGGGAGUGUGUGGAAAAAGAAUAAUUUGGAAAGGGGAAGACAAUUUUCAAAAUUAGUGAAGAAUUUGAUAGUUAGUUAGGAGGAUUUUUAUAUAAUAUAUAGUAAAUAGUGUGAUUUACAAACAGCAAGACAUAUAAAUAAUGGGUAAUUGUGGUUCAAAGAGGGAAACACCCACAACAACAUCAGGAUCCGAUAAUAAUAUGAUUGUUAUUGGAGGUGGAGGGACAGAAAAGGCUGAAGCCUAUGCUCAAUUGGAUAAUGAAAAUGAAUUAUUCUUUAAAUUAUUAUUAUUGGGUGAUAGUGGUGUAGGAAAAUCGACGAUUUUAUCAAUGUUCAGUGAUCAAAAGUUUAAUCCAAGUCACAUUUCUACAGUUGGUGUAGAUUUUAAAACUGUUCAUUUGAAUGUUUCUGGAAAGACAGUGCAACUCCAAGUGUGGGAUACUGCAGGUCAAGAGCGAUACAGAUCCAUCAUAACUGCCUACUAUAGAGGUGCUCAUGGUAUAUUACUUACAUUUGAUUUAACGAGACGAGAAUCAUAUGAUAAUAUAAGGCGUUGGUUACAAGAUGUUCAUAAACAUGCACAUCAACAUACCAAGACAGUUCUUGUUGGAAAUAAGAAGGAUGUGGAACAUAUGAGAAAUGUAACGAGAGAGGAAGCAGAAGAAUUAGCCACCGAAUUAGGUGUUAGAUAUUUCGAGGUCAGCGCCAAAGGAAACGAUGGUAUAAAGGAAGUAUUCGAGGAUAUUGCCCAACAAUUAAUUGACUCACAAUAAUGUAAUAAUAUUAAAUUAGUAUAUUUUAAUUCAU